GUAUCGCGGCGUUAGCAUCGCCCGGCCCCAGUAUCCAUUGUUCCCGCCACAAUGCACUGUCACGUUCGGAAAUGCGUUAAUUGACGGAUCGUUCGAGCUUUACUGUGACCUUUUAUUUACGUGUUGUGAUUGCCACGGAUUCCUAACCGGUCAGGAAGCUCAGCACUUCAAAGGAGAUCAAAAGAGCCGUCAAUCCGGAGUUAUUAAACGAUACAAUCAUAAAAACAAACAUGCAAGACUAUUCACGAACGAAAUAUUGAGACACAGAUGAACGACACACAAGAUUCGGUUGACACGCACAGCACAGACAUGCAAACGGUGGUCUCCAAUUACAUACCUAAUAUCGGGCAGGACAUAGAUGGGACGGACGCGUACGCAGACUACGAGGGAGUAUGUAGCCCGGAUGAGAAGAUCAACGUCGAAGACGACAGAGAUAUUAACGUAGAUGACACGGGGGAUAGUGAAAGGCAAGAGGAAGUUAAUGAUAAGGACGCUAAUCAGUGGCACGGAUAUGAGAAAGCAAAAACUGACAAUGAUAGCAAAGACGUUUUCGAGUUUUCUUGGCACCCCCAUGUGUACGGGAAACCGCCUAAAAAGCCCACGCCGCACACGAUAGAGUAUAUCCUAGGUUUGAACGACAAGGACGAUGGCAGGAAGGCAGUGAGUUCGUUGAUGAGUGUGAAACGGUUUGACAGGAGUCAGGAUAGGGCAGAGAACAAGAUGGUGCAGAAUAGGUUACAGGAACAAUUGUUACAGCGCAGUAGGAACAGUGAUAGUGUGUUUGUGAAGGACGAGCCGUUGAACUUAUCUGUGCCCAAGUCGUGGUGUGAGGAUGACAAGUUUAGUAAGGACGCAUCAAAGCUGAUAAAGAGGAAGAAAUCAACAGAUGACGUCAGAUCACCUCUCGGCGGUGAGGGCUCAAUGACCAGCGAGGAGGGGGAGGACCCUGGCGCUGGACGGCGGAAGAAGGCCAGAACCACCUUCACCGGAAGACAGAUCUUCGAGCUGGAGAAGCUGUUUGAGGUGAAGAAAUACCUGUCGUCUGGCGAACGAGCUGAUAUGGCGAAACUACUCAAUGUUACGGAAACACAGGUGAAAAUCUGGUUCCAGAACAGGCGAACGAAGUGGAAAAAGAAGGACAACGUAACGAACGCAGAAGUAGCCGAAAUGAAACAACAGAACAAACCUCUAGAAGACAAGAAAGAAGACAGAGAGGACCCGCUCGCCCUCGACAUGUCAAAGAAGAGUUGCAAUAAAAUACUCAGUGAGAAAUUAAAAACGAAACCCACGCAAAACGUGCUGCCGAAACCCAGGAGGGUGGAGAAGGGGGUGAUUCUAGAAACGAUAUGUGACGCGAAUGACAUAGAAAGUAGGAUAUCAAUAACAAAAAUAACCAAUAAACUCUCCAGUACAGAUUUAUCAGAAACGGGCGUGUCUGUCAAAAGUUUCAACCCGCAGGACGAAUUGAAACUCGACGCCCUUAGUGGAGACUUGGAGAUGUAAAUUAGAUUAAAUUAUUGUUUUGCGAUCUCUGCGUAGUGCCUCUGCCGAACUGAAUGCAAGUGAGCUGUGAAAGUUCUCAUGCGAUUCAUUUUGUCCUUUUUAAACUGAUGAUAAACAUGUGUUUCGAUUAGGUUACAAUAUUAUGUUCAGAUUUAUUCAAAAUAAUUAACAUUUAAACCCGUUUUCAUGUCAAUUUUAAGACUAAAAAGUG